AUAACUAUGGUAUCUUGGCUCUUUAAAAAGUGUUGUGUUGGGCUUUUUUUUUUGUUUUUUCUCUUCAACUUCUUUAAUCUGUUUAAAUAAAUGUCUGUGUUUAAUAUGAAGAUUGAAGUUAUGGAGUUCUGGUACUGCUGGAAAUUCAUAGUAGUAUGGUUCAACUGUAUGAUUAAAUACUGGUUUUGUCAGAAGAGAAGUUUUGAUAUGAGAUUAAUAGGAGGAUUUGAACACCCAGGAGGUGAAGAGGUCCUUAGGGAGCAAGCUGGGGGAGAUGCUACUGAGAACUUUGAAGAUGUUGGCCAUUCCACAGAUGCAAGGACACUGUCAGAAUCCUUUAUUGUUGGGGAACUUCAUCCCGAUGAUAGAUCCAAGCUUCAGAAACCAACAGAAACUCUUAUUACCACUGUUCAGUCUACUACCAGUUCGUGGUCCAACUGGGUGAUCCCAGCAAUAGCAGCAAUUAUCGUGGCCCUGAUGUAUCGUUCCUACAUGUCAGAGUAAACGCCUUACUGAGAAUUAAUGCAAGAAGAGACCACAUUCUCUGGAAGAAAAUAUAAGCAGUCCUAACCCAAUAUGUUCCUGGAGAAACGCCUGAUGUCUGAAGAAAUAUUCAAGUUUUUCAGAAAAUGAAACAAUUCUUUUUCUGCUGUGCACUUUUCUUAAUGUUGCCUUCUUAUAUGCUGCUGUGAAGUGAUAAAAAGGCACCAUUUCUCUUUUUAUAUAACACUUUUAUUCUCUAAUUAAUUACUUAUGAUAACUGUAUUGCUCUCUGUGGUAGAAUAUUAUUUUGUAUGUAACACUGAUUCUGGUUAUUUCUCUUUAAUCUGUAAUAGGGUCAUUAGGACUCUCUUUACUUACACAUUUUACAGCUUUAAAAAACUACCAAAACUGUGUACAUGUACACAACCUAACUUAAAAACAUCAUGCUGUCUUUUUAAAUGUAGUAUGAAUGCAAUGCAAGUUAAAUGUAAUGAAUGAAACUGAGUGGAGUUACAGGUGCCUGGAAGUGGGUUGGGCCUAACCAAUCAGCUAUGAUGAGCUGGGGUUUUUUCCAUUUUUUUGACAAUUGCUCUUAUAGUUGUUGUAGGUACUUGUAUAGCAAACUGUUCUGUUUGUCUCCCAUUGAAAAAUUCAGGUGAAAUAUGAAACUCAAUGUUUGGCCCAAUUAUGUCUGUCUCAUUUUUGUCAAAAAUUGCUCUUUUGUUCAAAAAAGGCAGAAAAAAGUAACUGCUACUAAAUAGUACUGUUCCUGCCGAACACUCAGGUGACUGUAGAAUUUGUUCUGGAACUUUUAGCCUUUGAUAAAACCUUCAACUUUGUCAUGUACAUUGUACAUUGAGGGGAAAAACUGAUAAAUUGAAUCUAUUUCUGACUCUUCUGUUAGGUGCUUUGGUGCUUUAUUAUGAAGAGGCAACUGUUUUCACUGCAAGUGAAUACAAGAUAACUGCAAGUUUGCAUUUUGUGGUGAACAUUUUUAGUCAUAUGUAAAUGAUCAUGAAUAAAAGUUUAAUUGGUUACA